AUGAGUUCCUCCUGUCUUGCACUAACCUCCGACAGGAGCCUGCGCGUGACCAGUUCUUUGCUCUGCGGAGCAUGUUUGGUGAGUGUCAUUCGCAAUUUGUACUGGCACCGGCCGGGGGAAAAAGAUGACAUUGACAACCUGUUGGUUCCGCGCAGCUUUAACUGCAGACUGAUGGAGCUGACGAGCGUCCUUGGCUUCCUGGCUUCCAGAGCAGAGCUGCAAGAGCUUUAUGCUGGUGGCUACAACGCGCGCAGAAGAGGCUACUUUUCGUUGGCUUUCCUUCUUCAGGCGCUCUGCAUGACGAUGUUUGACUGCAACAGCACGUCAUCAUUCCUGCUGGUCAUUGCUCUUCUUGUGGGCCAGCUUGCGGCGCUGCUUUGCGCUUAUCGGGACCUGGACUUUGGGCCGAGAUUUCUCAGCCCCUGGAUAAUCCGUGCAGCUGCUGGAGCAGGUAUUGCCUGGGCUGGUGUGGCCCUGUGCCUCCAGGUUCAGCGGUUGGCAGAUCGGUUGGAGAUUCGAUUGUUGUCCCCGUCAGCUGUGGUGACAACUUUCACUUCGGCAAUGGGCUUGGCUGUGUGUUUACGAUAUGAUUGGAUGCUUGCUGCGGCUAUCGCUUUUGCGCUGUUUGGGAUGUCUCAGACUGCCUUGGGGAGGGGUGAUGAAGAGACAGCGAGGCUUUGCCGUCGAAGCGCUGCGCUGUCGGCUUUCGGUGCAGCUUUGGCGCUGCGCUGUGCUUUCCACCGGCAGCGGAAGCUUCAUCGCGGUGAGCCUGCAGAGUCUGGUGGAAGAUGGAAGCGGAUGGACAGCAGCGUGGAAGAGCACUUCGCAAAUGAGACAGCCUGA